AUGUCUAAUCCUCGCUCAUUUUCUAUCCAUGGCAAAGGACUGAAGCUCAACACUCGAGCUGAUAUCGAACCCCAUCUCAAAAAAUUGCGAGAAAUGAAGGAUGUGGAGGAGGUUCACUUUGGUGGUAAUACAUUGGGUGUGGAAGCUAGCGAAGCGUUAGCAGAGGUCCUUUCUGGGCUGAAAUCUUUGAAGAUCGCAGACUUCGCUGAUGUCUUCACUGGACGGCUGAUCACCGAGAUCCCACAAGCUCUAGCUGCGAUCUGUAACUCCCUUAAAGACCUCACCUCCCUCAUCGAACUGGAUUUGAGCGACAAUGCAUUUGGUGGACGCUCCUCAGACCCCAUCGUACCCUUCCUCACGCAAAAUCGGACUUUCCAAAUCUUAAAACUCAAUAACAACGGUCUCGGUCCAUCGGGUGGAGGAAUCAUCGCCAAUGCCCUACUCGAAUCUGCUAGACUCAGUAAGGCGGAAGGGAAAGCAUCCAACCUACGGACCAUCAUUUGCGGUCGAAACAGACUUCAAGAUGAAUCGGCAUUGUUGUUCGCAAAGGCAUUUGCUGCACAUGGGAAUUUCGUCGACGUCAGGAUGCCGCAAAAUGGGAUUCGCAUGGAUGGUAUCGCGGCUCUGGCACGGGGAUUAGCUGCCAACUCGAGAUUGGAGAGCCUGGACCUUCAGGAUAACUGUGCGAAAGGAGCGGGAACUCGUGCACUUGCCAAAGCGCUAGCAUCGUGGCCUGAGUUGAAGACGCUGAACUUGUCGGAGUGUUUACUUGGUGGACGGGCUGGGAUUGCAUUAGCUCUGGCUUUGCGCAACGGAUCAAAUCCGAAACUCGAAACACUCAAGCUUCAAUUGGGCGAGCUCGACCAUCGAUCGCUGAGCAUUUUGGCUAAGGCAAUACAUGAUCAUGGUUCCGAGAUAACGUUAUUGGAGCUCAACGCAAACCGUGCGGAUCCCGAGGACCAGUGCAUUCAAGAUAUCAAGGCUGCGCUCGCUGUUCACGGGCACGAGGACGCUUUGGAUGAACUUGACGAGAUGGAAGAGUUUGAGGAGGAUGAAGAAAAUGAAGAAGAAGCGAAGGAGGCGGAAGAGGAAGAGGAGCAAGAAGAAAAGAAAGAGCCUGUCGUCAAGGAUGACAAGGAAGCGGAGGAACUGGCUGAGCUCAUGGCGAAUACUUCUCUUGAAGUUAAAGCAUGA